GACAGAUAGCGCGUAGCUCUGGAAGCUGUCUUGUGAGACUGACGACCUCGGACGAACGACGUCGACUUUAAGGACGAAGGAGCUUGUUAUAGAAAGGCAACAGAGCAGCUGUGCUGGAUAAGACAUACCUCUACGAUAGCUCUGACAUCAAUUGAGUCUCCCGCAAAGCUUCAUCUACCCAUUUCUUGCGAUUCUGCUUCGAUCAUAUACGCCCUACCAAGAUAGCUUUCGCCUCACUCAUAGCUACACACCACAUCGCAAAAGCCACCUACAAAUCAAGCAUCGCCAACAUGGUCUACCUACACACCGAAAUCGAAAUCGCAGCUCCACCAGAGAAAGUCCGAGCAGUCCUCCUCGACUUCCCUCAAACCUCCACCUGGCUCUCCGGCCCGGGCAUAACCUCCAUCUCCAUCAAACCACACCCCACCGACCCCUCCCUCACAAAAUCCGACCCUUACACUCUCGCCCCCGGCGACAUUCUCAUCAACGAACUCAACAAGUCCACAAAAUUCGAGCCCGUGAUCCUCGUUAAUACACCCGACGAACUUAAAUGGCGAGGUAGUAUUCCUUAUAUUUUCACUGGAGAACAUUCGUUUCAGUUUCGAAAGAGUGAAGUUAAUGAGGGAGGGACGACGUUUGUGAACGAGGAGAAUUUUUCGGGGGCGUUGGGGUGGUUGAUGAGUUCUUGGGCGAUGGGAGGGCAGACGAGGGGGAGUUUUGAGGGGUUGUGUAGGGAUUUGAAGGGGAGGGUGGAGAGUUUGGAGAAGGAAGAGGGAGAGAGGGCGAAGUUGUGAGCUAUCAGUGCUCGGAAAUAAUGAGAUGGUGUUGGUGCAGAUUGUAUGUCUCAGUCGUAAGUCUAUAUCAAUGCAUACAUCUUUUUCAUUUUUCAUUUCGUAACUCUUCAACCAUGAACUUUAUUGGGGUAUCCUGUCGAACAAACCGGCUCCGCAAAGCCAACAGUCCAUCGCACGCUUCCCAUGAUGAUGACCAUCAAGCAUAAACCACCCGCCAAACUCGCUAAUGCAUAUAAAUAACCAUGUUUUCGCUUCAAGGC